AUGACCAGUGAAGUGGGGCCACAGUACAGCAGGUACAGUGCCACUAAGGAGCCUGUGGCUGAGAUUCAAACUCAGCCCAAAACCUCGGCAGCCUGCCUGAUUAGGGCAGAAAAGGGGCUGUUGCACCAAUCAGAGCAGCUCGGCAUCUCUCUCAUGCCGUUCGGAGGUGCAACCGUGCCAACUUUCCGCACGGGUGCACCUCCGAACGGCAUCUGGGCGCUUAGCGCGCGCUUAGUAAGCGAUGUAAGUGCGGACUAUUACUCUGCUUAUAUGGGCUUAUUUAGACCCAGGAAAAAGCGCAAAAAUCAGAGAAUAUUGGAGAUGGACCAGGGAAUGUGA